UUUCACCUGGGAAGAAUUUUUUUUUUUUACAAACUUCUUCAUUUUCUCUUUCUAAUAAAGCAGAAGGCUCCAGGUGCCACAGCACGUUUCAGCGCCUGAGAAACGUCAGAAGGAUCGCUGCUGCAGAAAAUCUCACGAUUAUCUGCGAGACUUGGAAUCUCCCAAAAAUAUUUUGUCCGGAUCCAAAGAGCGACACGCAGUGAGGAGGGGGGGAUCGCCACCCGGAGAUGCUCGGGGUCCAGCAGAAGCAGAGAGAGGAGAAUCUGACAGUCCGUUUCCUCCUCUGCAGCGAGGGGGUCCUACACUUGGAUGAACUGUGGGAGGAGAGAGCACAGGCAGGCUGUCAUGUAAGCUGUCUCCUCUGGGGCCCGCGCUCGCCUCGCGCUGCUUCCUGCCUCAGGUGGAAGCCUCAGAGUUUGUGCUGCUGAGGCGACAGGGCUGCGUUCUCUCCUCUCUCUUCUCCCUGCAGCCGAGCGGGCGAACACAUCCUCUCUCAAAGCGCCAGAAUGGAGAAGAUCUGCUCAGAGUGCACAGAGCCCACACUGGCGCAGAGUCUGUGUACGCUGUGCAACAAGUGGUUGUGUUACCAGUGCACCGACGUGCACCAGCAUCAGAGACCCCCCGCCGCAUCCCAGUACUCUGAUUCAUACCAGCAGCCGAGGCCCGGUGCCACCCAGUGUCCUGACGUCCACCAGAGGAACUCCGGCCCACUUCCUCCUGCUGGACAAGGCCUGAGGUCGUAUCCUUGUCCCCUCCUCAUGUGCCACUCUCAUAGACAGGAGCCCUUGGAACUUUUCUGUGAGUCAUGUGACCUUCUGUGCUGCAGCAGCUGUCACCUGUCCUCCCACAAAAACCACAGGGUGGAGCAGAUUGGGAAGGCCCUGCAGGACCAGCAGUGGCUGUUUGAGAACCUGAUGGUGCAAGUGGAAGAGAGGAGAUCUUUAGUGGAGAACAGUGCUAAACAAAUAGAAGACAGGCUACACGGAGUGAAGAUUGCACACAGGAAGGCAGAGAACCAGAUUAAAAUGGCAAAGAUGAUUAUGAUGAACGAGCUUAACAAACGAGCCAACCUAUUAAUAGAGCAACUGGAGAAGAUUUCGGAGGACUUUCAGCAGCGUCUGGAGGACCAGCUGCAAGGGGCAAUAGAGAUCUGUGGCCAGCUGGACCACCUUCAGAAGUUCAUCACCUGGGCCACGACCCAUCACUGCCGAGGCCCGGUUCUCUUCAGCAGGGCCCUGAUUUCACUCCAGAUGCAGCAGCUGCUUGAAGCAUCACUCCACCCAGACUCUUGGAACCCUUUAAAGAUUAAAUUUAACUGGGAUGCAAGCUACUGGACGAAGCAGAUUUCUUCUUUAGGCCAGCUGACUGUAGAAGGGGGAAACUGUGCUUAUCCUCCCGGCUUGGCCUGUUCCAGUAUUAUGAGGCCUCAGCCCAUCUCCUGCUUGGCUCUGCCCAGCUUGUUUCACAGAGGCAGAGAUCCAGGCUGUGGGUACCAGACCUGCUGCGAGCCGCAGAUGUGUUGCCUGCACGGUGUUCCCCCUCAGUCCGAUCUUUCCAGUCUGGACAAAAACCAGAUGGAAGCAACACUUUUCAGCUCCGGCUGCAGUCAGCCCGCUCUCAUCUCCGCUCCAGUGCACCAGAGUCAGCAGCUCCAGAGGUUUUGGGACACGGAGAGCUCCUUACAGUGUCCUCCCCCUCCUGCGUCCUCUCUCCCCGGACCCGUCCAAGUCAACUGCAGCCAAGGAUCUGCAUCCCAACCACAGACUGAUGACACCCUACCCCACCCAUACUCAGCCUGCCACCAACCCAGGAAGGACGUCGCCUCUGAGCGCUCCAGGUUGGGUCCGUGUAAGGAGAAGCUGUUGAGCGGCCCGGCUCAGCAGCUGGAGCUCAGCCUCAAAGGCGCGGACAGAGACAUGAUGACUGAGGAGAGGUGCAGAGAGGAGGAGGAGGAGGACACAUGUGGACGGACAGCAGAGGCUGGAGGCGGGGACCGGCUUGACGAGGAGCUGGAGGCAGACGGGAGGGGGCCGAGUCCCGUCCAACAGCAGCUUCACAUGUCUGCAGCAGCAGAGCAGCAGAGGACCAGAUCUGCUCUGAUGCUCAGAGACCACAGAGGUGGGAAGAGGACCACGUCCCUGGAGGUGUCAGCGGCGGCCCACGACGGUGCGUCUGACGUGCAGAGCUGCAGGAUCAGCCCCGGCUCUGCGAGGAGGAAGGGACGCUCCCGGAGCAUCCCGACAGAGCUGACAGCUCCUUCCUCCAGCCCCUACGCCGAAAGGCCRGCGGGAUGCGCUGACAGCCGGGAAACGGGAGCUGCAAAGAAGUUUGACGUUAUGGAUUCCAAACAAAGAAGAGCCUCAGAUGGAGUGCUUUGUGUUGUCAAAGAAACUGAGAAGACCCCACCCAGAGGACGCCUGUCACCUUCAUUACCCUACAAACUAGAGCCAGUUCAUCCAGUCGCUUUUGUGAACGAGGAGAUCGGUUAUGGAGCCAAGGAGAAACACAGAACGUCCAAAAACGGCUUCAGCAGCAACGGAGAGACGGUGAAGGACUCGGGCCGACCCAGGGUGCCCGUUGUUUGUUUGGAGCGUCUCAAAGUCCUCGUGUCGCAGCUUCCACCGCACGGACGAAGGCAGAGCGACCCUCUGCCCUCCAGCGAGAGGGACAAGACUGAACCUGUCCCUCAGCAGAGAACCUGGCACUUUGGAACAUCAGAGGGAAUAACUCGAGGCUCUGGCACCAGGAGGACCACCCGCUCCCUCACGGCGCCUUCAUACUCACAAACCCACAUUCAGUCAUCCAUGUCCUCAAAUAGCAGCGACUUUGACAGCCACAACAACAGAAGACAGCUCAGCUCUCAGAAAGCAUCUGUCCUGCUUCCCACCGACGCUCACUGUGUGCCACAACAUUACCCCGUGCUCGAUCUGGACUCUGACUCUGACCCCAGGUCGGUUUCAGAGGAUCCUUUUGUUUCAAUCGAUCCAGACCCGCGGCAAAACUCGGACGCAUCGCCGGACUCUGAUCCCAACGCACAGUCAUCGUCCGAGGCUGAAUUCAUCUUCGUGGCUGAGCGGAAACCAGCAGCUGCGGCAGAGAGGAGGCUGUGCGGAGAUUCGGAGCCAAGUCUUGAAUAUGAGGCAGAUCCAGACUCAGAUGAGGGACAGGAGCUGGACGCUGACGCCGAGUUGGGGGAUGCCGAAACAGAGUCUGACACUCAGCCUGAUUAUGAUCCGAUUUUUCAGGCUGAAACGGAUUCCGACGCCGUGUCCGGUCAGCCUCAAGACUCCCAGGCCUCCCUGGAGUCCGAGCUGGACCUGGAAUCUGAGCUUGAGCUGGCCGCCGACGACCCCCAGCCGCUCCGCUCGGACCUGGAGGAGGAGUCCCCCGUCGGUCCAGCUCAGAGGCCUCUUCUGAUCGCAAACCCCGGCGCUCAGAGGGUGGCGGAGGAGGCCCAGACUGAGCGGGACGUGGACGAGAUGGAGAGCGAGGACUUCUGUGCCGUGUGUCUGAUAGGAGGCGAGCUGCUGUGCUGUGACCGCUGUCCAAAAGUCUUCCACCUGUCCUGCCACGUCCCACCUCUCCUCAGCUUCCCCACUGGCGACUGGGUGUGCAGCCUGUGCAGAGAUGUUGUACAGCCAGAGGUGGAAUACAGCUGUGAGAACGAGAGAACACCUGGAGUUCACACUCACGGACUGUCAGCGUGUGACCAGAGAAAAUGCGAGCGACUGACGCUUCUGAUUCUCAGCAACAUGUUGAGCGCUCCCUUCCACGAGCCCGUCAGUCCGCUUGCACGCCAUUACUACCAGAUCAUCAAGAGGCCGAUGGAUCUGUCAGUGAUCAGAGCUAAACUCAAUAAGGGAAAUUCCAAACAUUACAGCUCAGCGGAUCAGUUUGUUACUGAUGUUUAUCUCAUGUUCCGUAAUUGUGCAAAGUUUAAUUAUCCCGACUCUGAGGUGGCCCAGGCGGGACGCAGCCUCGAGGUCUUCUUCACCUCAAAGCUGGGAGAAGUUUUCCCCGACAGAGUGUUCCCCGCGGCUGAGGUGGACUCGGACAGCGACGAGAACGACGCCGCCUGCUGGGCCGCUGAAAGUGGGUUCCCCUGGCCGGAGAGGAGGGAGCAGAGCCACAGGAAGAGGAAGAGGAGGCAGUCGAUCAAGUCGAGGAGGCACCACUUCUAACCAGAAAGUUAAAGCAGCAAAGGUUUUUGUGUGGAGGCAUCCAGUUUUUUAAAUUAAUUUUCUAAUUUUAAGGGUUGUUGUGACUUGCAAAAACAUCACAGUGCUGCCAUCUGAUGGCAGCUGAGCAUAUUGACACUUUACUGACUUUUCUUCCUGCAGGCAGCUGAUCAAAUGAGCAGAGCAGGUAAAAACCUGUUUAGGCUGCAUAUUGUUUGCUACACAUUCAGAAAUCUACCUUUAGAUGUCAGCAGAGUUCAUUUAACAUUUUCUCCACUUGUUUGUCUUGAUGCACUGUUCCAUGUAUUUACAUGUAAACUUUAAAAAAUCCUGCACGCUUUAUUCUAUAUGCUGUAUUAUACAAAGAGGGUGAUAUAAUGAGAUGGUUUUUGCAUCUAUUUUAGGUGAACUUUUCUAGGGUGGUAGAGUAAAAGUCAAAGAAUAAUAUUGCUUGUAAGUUUGAUACUUUUCAUGUUUUAAAUUUAAUUUAUUACUAUUUUAUUAUUAUUAUUUGUUUUUUUUUUUUUACAAAAGUUUUGUUAUAUACAUACGUGCCAGUAGAGAAAUAAAUUCUGCAGUCUCCCCCAUCCCCCCAAGUUUAAGGAACUUUGCACUUAUCUUAGGUUUAAUUCUUGAUAUAAUUUGUGUUCCUGUACUUUUAUUUUGAAAUGCAACAGCAGAUUAUUUGUGUUUUUGAGCAGAAUAGAUUAGAAGGUCAGUCACUGCAGGCACUAUAACAUCUGCUAGAGUUUAGUGGAGCUAAUAAGAUAUAAAAUUUUAUGUUUUCAUAAAACAAUCCAAAAGUCUGUGUACUUUGUAUUUAAUGUCAGCUUCACCUGUGUUUCUGCUAGAUUUUGGACAAUUUUAUUCUCUAACUCAGGCGUGUAUGAUUUUAAUAUUAUCUUGUGUUAUUACAAUGUCUUUACUAUUUGUAGAAUCAUAUUAUAAAAGUAUAAAGGACCUAAAGCAUUUUCUGCAUUAAACUAUUGUACGUUCAAUUCUCACUGCAGCCUAAAGUAGACGUCACCUGACUUUUGUUUCACAGAUGAUUGUUUAGUAUGUUUCACGUUAUUCUUUUAAAAACUGUAACGUUUCUGUUUAUUUYAAGGGCGACUGAUCAACUUUACUUACUGUUUCUAGAGGUUAUUUUUUGUUGUUAUUUUUACUGUAACAGACUUCAAUAAAAUGCACAUAUUGGUUAAAAA